AAGUAUAGUCUGCGAUUUUAAAAUUAAAUGGUCUUGUUCAUAAUGCAUAAUAAUCAAUCAAUUAUUACAACAAUCGACAUAGUGCAUAUCGACAGCAUCGCAAGUAAAAUCAUAACCUCACUUUAUGGAUUGAAGAAUAAAACUUUCAAGUCUUUUGAGAAAUUCUGACAUAAAAAAAUACAUUAUAUAUUAGAAAAGGAUUUUUAGAAGUUUUCAAGUAUGAAAAUGCAAUGGGUGAAACAAAUUUUCAAUAAUCUUGAGUCAAUCAAGACAAGAUACAAAGUAAAUCUGCCAAACAUGUCAGAGAUGAAACCGAAACCAAGACACGAGGCUCUAAAGCCUUUAGGUUGGUUAGAAGGAACCUGGAAAACUGAGGCACCCGGAAAAGGAAAAUUUCCAACUAUAAAACCAUUUGAAUAUUCUGAAGAAAUCUCGUUCACUUCUGUUGGUCAACCAAUCCUCAACUAUAAAUCUCAAACCUGGAAUCCCGAAAGCAAAGCUCCAAUGCAUUUUGAAGUUGGAUUUUUGAAGAUAGUCCCAAACACAAACAAACUCAAUUUCUUACUUGCCCACAAUUUUGGUGUAACAACUAUUGAAGAAGGCCAAGUUUGCGAUAAAGAAAUAAUCUUGAACAGCACUUCUAUCGAAAGGCCCACUGCGGGAUCAAAACCACCAAAAGUUUUGAAGACGAAAAGGGAGAUCAGACUACUGAGUGACGAUUGUCUCGAAAAUGUUUUUUACAUGGCAACCGAAACCAAUACCGAAUUAACUGAACACUUGCGAACAGUAUACCACAGGCAGAAAGAUUGCUAAAUAUUUUUCAGGGCGUAUCUAGUCUUAAAUCUUUUAUACCUAUUUUUCCAGUAUUUAGAGUAAAAUAUAAAAUUAUGUCAUAAAAGGUAUUCUGAUAAAUUGAAGUCCUUCUUGGGUCGAUUAUAUUAUAAUUUAAUUUUUAAACUUUCAUAAAAUAUUAUUUGUAAUUCAGUGAAAAAAAAUGUUUAAUUAGAAGAACCCGGAGGAAGCCCGGGAAUUUGAAAUAAAAAUCUUCAAGAUGAAA